AUGUCAACUCGCGCUUUAAAGAAAUUAGACUACAAUAUGAUUUGUUUGUUUGUCUUGACAGAUGACCCUAUGGAAAACUUUAAUGAAGAUUCUAAUAAAAAAAUUAUCCAUCAAUGGGCAAAAAUGGUACGAGCAAAACACAAGAAUGAUAAAGAUUACGAUGACGAUGAUUUAUAUUAUGAGGACCCAUUGCUUUUGAUUGAAUGGAAUGAUGCAGGUUUAAAUAGCAGAACACUUGCUAAUCAUCAACACACAAAAAUGGCUUUAGUUAAUUAUACUCCAGCACUCUCAGCAAAUCAAGCAUUAGUCGACACGAUUGCAGCGCUCGGCAGCAACAAUUGGUCUAAACAUGCCCCUGGAAUUCCGGAUGUUGGCCGGGUUUAUGAAAUCCGUACCCCUAGAAAAGGGCAAUUGUCUACUAUUGAACAUCGGCUUGUGUUCAAUCUUUGA